CCGACCCGAUUUCCCCGGGGUAUAUGAUCCAUGGACCUUGAAUCCGGCAAUAGUUCCGGCAUCCAUGUCUCUGUUGUUGCAGAGGCGACUUCUCUGCACCAACGUGCACAAGAAAUGGAAGGUGAAGCAGGUAACGAAGACCAACUUCCAGGAAUCCUUGAAGGAGUUAGAGACCCAUGUUUCAAACUCUGACUUCGUAGCAGUAUCUAUGGAGAAGACAGGCUCUUUCUCGGCUUCGUGGCACCGUGUGCUUCCCUUCGACACGGUGGAAAUCGCCUAUUGCAAGGCCAGGCACUCCGCCGAGCGGUUUCAGCUACUUCAGUUUGCUGUCUGUCCAUUUUCAAUUGCCGACUCCAAUAAGUUCAUCGCUAACCCGUACAAUUUUCUUUUGUUUCCCAGAGAUGAACUGAGAACGGGGAUGCCUUCUUAUAAUUUUUCAUGCCAAACAUCAUAUCUGACGUCCAUGGCUCGUGAAGGUUUUGAUUUCAAUGCUUGCAUAUACGAUGGUGUAUCGUAUCUAUCUAGAGUACAAGAGUCUAAAGCUAAAAUGCAGAUAGGGAAUUACAUGCCUUGUCCUAAUGUGAAUAACUCUUCUUCAACCUCUACUACUGCUGAUACUGUUUUUGUUGAAAGGAUUAAAUCACGGAUCAAAUAUUGGAUAAAAAGUUGUGAAAAGUGUGGCAAAAGCACAAGCAAAGAUGAUGCUCUCCUCGCCUCCCUUAGGAAAAUUGUGAUGGGAAGUGAAAUGUUCGGCUCAAGACAUUGUCUCACAAUAGAUGUUUGCAGUGAUAGACAAGUGCAGCUGAUUCUGGAGAUGCUAGUAAACUUUCCCAAUGUUGUUCCUUUGCUGGUGCCUGGAAAGGGUAAUACUGCUCUGGCUAUCUGUCUUGUUUUGAUGAAGUCGGAAGAGGAUAAGGAUUUGUUUGAGAGGGAGCGUCAAAAAUUAGAAGAGGAGGAGAACAAGAAGCUUCGUGGGUUUCGAGAGGUGAUCGAGUUGAUUUCUGCUUCACAGAAACCUGUUCUCUUCCACAAAUGCCUUGAUGAUUGUGCGUUUAUUCAUUCAAAAUUCAUUGCUCCCCUUCCUUCUGAAGUGAAUGAGUUUAUAAACUCUUUCCGUUCAGUUUUCUCCCAUGUAAUUGAUGUGAAUCAUAUGACGAAGAAAUUUGAGGCUGUGAGAAACAUGACCAGCAUAUCUGCUGCUUUAUUGUACUUGAAGAAUCAUUUUUUUGCAACUGUUGAUGUGGAAAUUCCUGACCAGGCUACUACAAAUGAAGGCAAGAAUGAUGGACUUGAUGCAUUAAGGAUAUGCUAUUUAUUUAUGAAGAUCUGCUCUAUAUUGAAAAUUUCCCCAUGCGUUACUGAAUCUGGCAAUAAGCAUUUGGCCGCUGAGCUUCAAGACUUCACCAAUGUAUUCCAUCCAUGGACAGCUGAUUCCAGAGAGUUGGCUGAUGAGAGCAUUAGCAUCUGGGCAAAUAAUACAAGAAAAGUUAACAGUGAACAAUUGGUUUUCUUAUGGGGAGUUCAGUUCAGGAUCACGGCAAGCAUGUUGAAGAAUCUACUUCAGGAAUCUCAUGGCAUCUUUUCUAGAGAGUUUGACGUUAAACUGGUGGAUAAAGAUUGUGCCAUUGUUGUUUUCUGGGAACCUGGGUUGUCAAAAGCUUUUAUUAAUGCAAUGAGUAGUGAACAAAUUAGUGGAUUGUUGAGGGAAUUAGUAUCAAAUGGCCUCAGGGUAGCCAGUUAUGACACUUACAGGACAGUUUGUAGGUUAGGUUUGUGGGAGGCCCGUCUCUCAGAGUCGCUGGAUGGAGCUCUGGAAAAGUCUGAUGGAGAAUUUUCCAGUAUUUGCUGCCAUAAUGAUAAUGUAAUGAACUUGGAUAAUCGUUGAUGGUUACAUGAUCGUUUUAAUUGAGAAGGCAAAUUCUUUUAAGCCUU